AUGUCGCACUCUCACUCGCACACACACUCUCACGACAACAUUGCCGACCAUGGCCACUCGCACGAGAUCCUCGAUGGCCCGGGCUCGUACAUCAACCGUGAAAUGCCCCUGAUUGAGGGGCGUGACUGGAAGGAUCGCGCUUUCACCAUUGGCAUCGGAGGACCCGUCGGCUCAGGGAAGACAGCCCUCAUGCUCGCCCUCUCCCGCGCCCUCCGAGACGAAUACAACAUUGCCGCCGUGACCAACGACAUCUUUACCCGCGAAGACGCCGAAUUCCUCACCCGCAAUAAAGCCCUCCCCGCCGACCGCAUCCGCGCAAUCGAAACAGGCGGCUGCCCGCACGCGGCCGUCCGCGAGGACAUCAGCGCAAACCUGCUCGCCCUGCAACAACUCCAAAAGCAAUUCCAGACCGACCUCCUCCUCAUCGAGUCCGGAGGCGACAACCUCGCCGCCAACUACUCACGCGAGCUCGCGGACUACAUCAUCUAUGUUAUUGAUGUGGCUGGGGGUGACAAGGUGCCGCGCAAGGGCGGACCGGGCAUUACGGGGUCGGACCUGCUCGUUGUGAACAAGAUUGAUCUUGCCGAGGCUGUCGGGGCGGAUCUGGCUGUUAUGGAGCGCGAUGCCGCGAAGAUGCGUGAGGGCGGGCCGACGGUGUUUGCCGUCGUCAAGCAUGGCAAGGGGAUGGAUCAUAUUGUCAAUCUGAUCUUGAGCGCUUGGAAGGCGAGCGGUGCUUAUGAGCUUAGUCUGCAGCGGUGGAAGGAGGGGGCACCGAGAGGGUCAGGAAGCGUCGAAGCUUAG